UCGUUAAAAUAUUUGACACAUGGUAUUAUUUAUUAUUAUAUUGGUUUAUUUUCUGUUUUUGCUUUACUAAUACUAAACUACAUGAACAGAAUUAGUUACAUAUGGGGGCGUUACACCUACUUCUGUGUUUUGUUAUUAUUGAAAAGAGCCUUGGAAGAGUGCUCCAAGUGAAACCAUCAGUUCAUGAGAAAAUGACAAAGGCUGAAAUUGCUCAAAUCUUUGGUGUUAAUGAACAUAGUAAAGUUCCAUUUUAUGAAGUUACUAACAUUUCGCAACAUAAUUUAUUUAAAUCAAAAGAUAAAGUGUUAGUAAAGUUUAAAGCUUUUGGUGUAAAAUUUCACCUUAACUUAAAGGCAAAAAAUGAUUUUAUUGCAAAGUCCCAUUUGGUAGAGUUUUAUAAUGCGAAUGGAACAGUUGAGAAGUACUCUGGUUUCACUGGUCAUUUUAGUUCUGGCUCUGUCAAUGGUGAUAAAAGUUCUUACGCAUCAAUUCAUCUCUCAGGAAAAGGAUUGAGUGGUACAGUUCAUACUAAAGAAAAUACCUAUGUUAUAAAUCCUUUACCAAAACGAAUUUAUGGUGGUGAUGCUAAACAUGCUAUUGUCUGGAAAUCUGAUCUACUAAACUAUCAUCAUUCAUCACCAAUGUUUUUGAAAAAUGAUUUAAAACAAUCAAAAAGUUCAAACAGUACAAAAAUUAAAAAAAGGCAUCGCCGUUCAUUACAAGCAGUUAAAACUAUGGAACUAAUGAUAGCAGCUGAUUAUAAAAUGGUUGAAUACUAUGGCAAAGAAUUUUUACCAAGUUAUUUGUUAGCUCUUGCUAAUAUUUUAUCUGGGUUGUAUCAGGAUGAUUCACUUGAUUACAAACUUAAUGUGGUAGUUGUUCGAACAGUUAUAUUUGAUAAAAACAUGUUUCCUGCUGCUAACAUUGGAUCAUUAUUGAGUCAGUUUUCUGAGUGGGUCAAUAAAAAUAAUGUUGCUGAUAAAAUUGUUGGUCAUGCUGACAAUGCAAUAUUGAUUACAAGGAAUGGUUGCACUGAUGGGUGUGUUCUUGAAGGUCUUGCAUAUACUGCACGUUGCCUGGAAAAUGCUCACGCUGUUGCAAAAGAUAGAGGGUUGAUGGCAGCAUUAACAGUUGCUCAUGAAAUUGCACAUAAUCUUGGUGUUACACACGAUAAUAGUGAAACAUGUCCUGAUGGUGUAAACAUCAUGGCAUCAGGCUCAUCAUCUGGACCUGGUGCAUUUAAGUGGUCAACAUGCAGUUCAAAUCAGAUUCGAUCAUUUUUAGAAUCACCAUCAUCUUCAUGUUUAAACAAUAUGCCUCCAGAGCUAUAUACUAACUCCGUAUUUCCAAUGUAUGGACAAGUUUAUAAUGCAGAUAAGCAAUGUCAGUUCUCCUUUGACUUUUCAUAUAAAUCAUGCUCGUUUUAUGAGUCUCAUUGUGACAAAUUAUAUUGCCAACAAAGUGGUUCUACUAGUUGUAGCGUUCUAGCUUACCCGCCUGCUCAUGGAACUUCUUGUGGAGCAAAUAAGUGGUGUAUAUUUGGUGCUUGUGUUCCUGAUGGUUCAAAACCUGCGUUACCUGUAGAUGGGCAGUGGGGAAAUUGGGGAAGUUAUUCACCCUGUUCACAAGAAUGUGGUAUUGGUGUACAAUGGAGGAAUAGAACUUGUAAUAAUCCAAGCCCAGCAAAUGGUGGACUGAACUGUGUUGGUGAAUCAAAAGGUCAAUAUAAAACAUGUAAUAAACAGGAUUGUUUGACAACGCAAUCUGUUCGCUUAAAACAAUGUCUAAAAAUUGGUUCUGAUUAUGUUGAUGUUUUUAAUGAGGAAAAGCCGUGCAAACUUAUUUGUAUGAUUGGAACUUCUGCAUAUUAUUUUGGUAAUGUUGAAGAUGGUACAGAAUGUAUCCCUGGCAGCAGUAGUAAUGAUGUUUGUAUUGGUGGAACUUGUCAGAGUGUAGGCUGUGAUAAAGAGCUUGGAUCAAAUAAAUACUUUGAUCGCUGUGGUGUUUGUAAUGGAAAUGGAAACUCAUGUGAGUUAAUCUCUGGAAGUAACUUUGAAGAAUAUUCAUCUGCUGGUCAAUACUUUCUUACUGAAAUACCUGAAGGGUCAUAUGGAGUGACAAUAAAAGAAGUUGGUGAUACUUUUAACUUUUUAGGGUUUUCGAUUGGAGAUGAAACAGAAUUAGCUAUCUCAUUACCUUCAUAUUCUACAACUUACAAUCUUGAAAAUACAACUAUUUAUUAUAGCAUGGAUGGUUGGUAUUAUGCAGAUGAAAUUAAAGUUAUUGAUAGACUUCCGAUGAGCAUUAAAAUUUAUCUGAUUAACUUUUAUGAAGUGCCAUCAGAAGGUGUUAUGUGGCAUUAUUAUCAACCUCCAACUAGCGUUUUAUUGUCUCCAGUUUUAGCAUGGAAAGGAGAAUCAUGGGGCGCUUGCAGUAAGACAUGUGGUGGAGGAAUGCAAACGCGCAAAAUGUUAUGUAUUCGUACAGAUGAUAAUUCAACUGUUAAUAUUGAAUCAUGUUCAUUACUUGACCCAAUAAAUGUAUUACAGAGUUGUAACAAUCAAAACUGUCCUGCUGAAUGGUAUGUUACUUCAUGGUCAGAAUGCACAAAAUCAUGUGGUAAUGGAACAUGGACUCGACAACUUUAUUGCUCCAUGAUGACUGAAACUGGUCGAUCAAUUCUUCCAGAUUCUGAUUGUAGUACCAAACGACCACAGAUGGACCUUACUGCAGUAUGUAAUGUUGUAAUGUGUCCUGCAGUUUGGCGCUCUACACCUUGGACUCAAUGUAGUAAAUCUUGUGGUGGUGGCUUAAAAACAAGGAAAGUAACUUGUGAAAGAGUUAAUUCAGAUGGCAGUGUUGUGAAUGCACCACCUCUUGAAUGUUCUUACCUUGCUCCAAUUGAUUCUAGUCAACAAUGCAACAAUGAUAUUCUUUGCCCUGUUUGGGUGCUUAAUUUUACUUCUUGUUCAAAAAGUUGUGGGGGAGGUACAAAAACACCAUUCUUGUAUUGCUAUUCACCCUCAAUACAGAAUCUUUUGGAUUCACAAUGCAAUGUUACUAACAAACCUGUUAUCAAAUUAGAUGCUCAACAGUGUAAUCAAGAGCCGUGUGAUUAUAAUAAUUGGGUGGUUGUUAAAAGCCAGUGUAGUGUAACAUGUGGAAAAGGUUUGCGAUCUUUACAUUUGGAGUGCCAGAAUAAUGCAACUGGUGUAGCUGUCUCAGAGUCUUCCUGCUAUGAUAAGAAACCAAUUAUAUCAUUUUCUGAGGAAUGUGAAGUUGGUUUGUGUCCAGAAAUUUUCGAGUGGAAAAUAAAACACAAUGGUUGUAGUCUUAGUUGUGGUGGAGGUAUUGUUCUGUACAAUUUGGUUUGCGUGGCUUUAUCAACUAAUCUUACUGUAUCUGAUAUAUAUUGUGAUGUAACUAAAAAACCUACUGUGCAUUUUGAUGCAUGUAAUGAAUUACCUUGUCCUAUAAAAUACAUCUGGGAUGUUUCUUAUGGAGCUUGUUCUGUUACUUGUUUAAAAGGGGUAAAGGUUCCUAUUUUUGAAUGCAAACGUGAAACAGACAAGCUUACUGUAAAUGCAAGUUUUUGUGAUCCUGUAAAAAAUAUGAGUCUUGAGCAGAUUCCUUGUGACAUGGGUGAAUGUCCUCCUGAAUAUUCUUGGUUGUCCAUGACUUCUCCAUGCUCUGUAACUUGUGGAACAGGAAAAGAAACAGUUUCUAGUGUAUGUGUACGAAAUAUUGAUCAAGUUAAAUUUGAUGAUGCUAUGUGCAAUUCUAUAAUUAAACCUGUUGAUAUUGUUCGUACUUGCAAUAUGGAGAAAUGUUUAGCAAAUCACUAUUGGAAAGCUGAGUAUGGUGAAUGUGUUGCUGAAUGCGGGGAAGGUUUUAAGUUGAAAACACUUACAUGUGUAGAGCGCUCUACUGGAUUUAUUAUAUCAAUUAGUGAAUGCGCUGAUGAUCCAAUUCCUGUUGAUGAAGCUUGCCAGACGAAACCUUGCAUACCAGCUUUUGAAUCAACUGUUAUGCCACCAUCGUACUCAGUUGGUUGCUAUAAUGAUAUUCCUAGUUCUCGUCGCGUACCUGUAUUUCUGUACAACUACAGGGAUAUUUACACAAGUACAAAUGCAAGUUAUAUCAUUCAACAAUGCGCACUCAAAGCAUACAUCCAUGGCUAUGAGUAUUAUUCACUUCAAUUUAAUGGUGAGUGCUGGGGUGGAAAUGAAAGUGUUGCCAAAACAUAUUACUUAAGUGGUGCUGCAUAUAACUGUAAAAAGGGAGUUGGAAAUGAUGGUUCAAAUUUUGUUUACAGAAUCGGUGCACCUGUAGUAACAAAAAGUCUUCCUCCUGUGGUGAUGUUAGGAUGUUUUUCAGAUGAUUUAAAUUUACCACGACCAUUGCCCUUAUUGCUUGAUAGUUUCAAAGAAUCUUUAAAUUGGAACUUAUUAAAUAUCAACGAAAUAUUGAGACUAUGCGCUUUGUCAACAAAUCGUAGAGGUUGGUCUGUGUUUGGGUUGCAGUACUAUGGUGAGUGCUGGAGUGGUGAAAGUGCAAGUAAUUCGUACAAUCGAGCUGGUGAAUCAUAUGAUUGUAUCGACGGAAUUGGUGGUGUAAAUGCGAAUUCCAUUUAUAGUUUUUAUGAAUGAGUUGCUUUACAAUUUUUAUUAUUAAUAUUCCACCGUAGACAUUUAUUUUUAAAA